UUCAGCUGUCCGUCUAGCUCUAUCUGCACCUGACUCUCUCUUCUCUUCUUUACUCGAGAAUGUGGCGCAAAGAACAGCCUUUAAACAUCAGCUAUUCAUUCCACACUCAACAUCUCCCGCGUAAAGCUCGUGCUCGUGGCCAGAAGGCAAACCUAGUUUCCUUUUAAAGACCCAAAAUACGAUGCCAAGAUCUUUCCUGGUGAAGAAACACCUCACGAACAAGAAGCCUGACUAUGGAGUGCUGGACUCAAAGAAACACGAUGUGAUUCAUUUUGAAUCUUCAAGCUCCAAACUCAAAGCACUGAAUCCUCACGAGACUCUGUGUCUUUCGGGAUUGAGCUCACCUUUACGGAUGAACCCGAUCGGAUCAGGGAUGUACGUUCCUCCACAGAACCCGGUUCUGGGUCUCUCUUUCCCUUUCCAUGUGACGUCCAGUCCUCUCUCAGAUCCACAGUCGUUCCCGCUUUCCCACCGAGUGCUUCCAGAUAGCAGCGACGGAUGCUUCGACUGCCGGAGAGCGUUCCUGAGCUUCUCGAGUCUGACGGACCCGAGGCAAUGCCAGAAGUUCUUCAUCUGCAAGUUCUGCGAGAAGGAGUAUGUGAGUCUGGGAGCGCUGAAGAUGCACAUCCGCACACACACUCUCCCGUGUGUGUGUAAGCUGUGCGGGAAGGCCUUCUCCAGGCCCUGGCUGCUUCAGGGACACAUCCGCACACACACAGGUGAGAAGCCGUUCUCCUGCCCUCACUGCAGCCGUGCGUUCGCUGACCGCUCAAACCUGCGAGCGCAUCUACAGACACACUCCGAGAUCAAGAAAUACCAGUGCCGAAGCUGCUUCAAAACCUUCUCCAGGAUAUCCCUCCUGAGCAAACAUGAAGAGGCCGGCUGCUGA